AUGCAGAUGGCCACCGGCCCUUACUACGUCGACAUGGGCGGCCAAUGGGUAUCUCCUCACGUUCAGCCACACGUCACACACCUGCUCAAGGAGCUGGGCGUUACCAUCUACCCCCAGUACAACCAAGGCCAACACAUCAUACAAUCAAGCGAGCCCAAGCGCUACGCUUACACGGGGACCGUUCCCCUGUCCGUCGGCCUUGCCACCGCCCUCAACCUGGGCUUUCUGCUCAGUUGGAUGGAGCGCCUGGUCAUGACCGUGAGCCCCUCUCACCCAGCUUCACACCCCCAUGCAGCUGAUCUGGAUCACCAAAGCCUAUGGGACGCGCUGUCCAACAAAACUUCAAACCGAUUUGUGCGCGAGAUCAUGACUGCCAUCUGCCGGUGCUGUUUUGGAGCCGAUCCGCACGAGGUGUCUUUCCUCUACGUACUUCACUACUCCCGGGCGGCGGGAUGCUUUGAGAAUCUGCUCAAUGUGGACGGCGGUGGUCAAGAGUACCGCAUGACUGGUGGUGCCCAGUCUCUGUACAAUGCAUUGGCAGCCACACUGCCUGAAGAUUGCAUUGCCCUGCAAGAGCCUGUCUGGAAGGUCGAGCGUGUCAAUGAUACCUACCGUGUGGUUCACGGACAGGAUCAAAUGACCGUGGCCAAGCGUAUCAUCAUGGCCGUACCUCCGUCUCAACUGCGCCACAUUGUUUUGGAGCCCGCACUGCCCCUGUGGCGCCGCCGCGCAUACGAGCAUCUGACUAUGGCUCAUCUGACAAAGAUCCUUGUGUCCUACACCACUGCCUUCUGGCGAGCUGACGGCUUGAGUGGACAGCUCUGCAGCUGUGCUGGGCCCAUCUGCAUAGCUAUGGAUGCCACGAGCGAGGACGGCCAGAACCCCGCCCUGGUCAUGUUUAUUGGUGGGGAUGACGCGUACCACUGGAGCCAGACAUCUCCUGCCAAGCGCCGUACGGCUGUCAUCGACCAAUUACAAGCGGUAUUCGGUCCCAAGGCCGGCGAUUAUAUCGACUACAAGGAGAAGGACUGGUCACAGGAACCAUUCACGGGUGGCUGCCCCGUCAACAUUAUGCAUCCAGGAGACAUGAACCUUCAUAGCUGGGAGCAGCUACGUGCGCCAGAAUAUGAGAGCAGCUUCUUCUUCGCUGGAACUGAGGUCGCUACGACCUGGCCCGGCUUUAUGAACGGUGCGGUCGAGUCAGGGUGGCGCGCCGCACGCGAAUGUCUCAAGACUUUGAACAAGCCUACGGGCCAUAUUCCUGUCAUCGGGAGCUUGGCGAGUGAUCCCAAAACGCUACUGCCCACAUUGUCCUACCCGGCCGUCGUCGCCUUGACGGGCGCUGCCCUGUCCGUGGCUGCGUGGUACUUUUGGGCCCAAAAGUAG